GUCUCGAUCCCAUUUGGCCUGGGUGCGCUCACCUUCAUCGCCUACAUCCACCAUGGUUGGGAACCGGAGCUAGCUACGAGUGUCGACAUCCUGUCCCCCUCAUUCUUUCCCAUACUACUAGCGGGAGUUAUGGUAGAUACGUAUGAGGUGGUAUAUUUGCUCUUCCUAAGCCGCAGGCGAUCCAUCAGCCCCAUGGCGGUGCGCUUUGACGUCCUCUCAGUAGGCUCGGGCAUCUUCUGCUUCAUGGUGUUGGGCAUAACGGACAAGGGCGCCGGGGGGCGGCGAGCCUGCUGGGCCGCCGACAUGAUCAAGGCCAUGGUUUAUCUAACACGGCUUUGCUAUAGCUUUGUCCACGCGGCAUUCAUCGUUCUCCCUGCCGCCGGGAAGAUCCGAAUCUACCACUCCACCACAAGCACACUUGGAAACACCCAGACAGCCGGAAAUCAACCUGAAGUACCGGAAACUGCCCAGAACAGGGGGCAGACACCAAGUCAACCUACGAUAAUAGGGUGA